CCGGCGGGAGAUGGAGGCGGCCCGGGGAACCCGGCCCCAGGCGCUGCCGGCAGGGGAUCCGGGGGACCUCGGCCGCGAGCGGAGCCCCAGCCCGGGGGAGCCCGGGGGCCUUGGGGCUGCCGACCCGAGCUCGGCCGCUGGGCCUGGAGGAGCGGCCCCGCCCGCCGCCCCGCCCCAACUCCGCCCCCGCCCGCCCGGGCCAUCCGGCGGCGCUCGGCCUGCCGGGGAGGCGAGGCUGCGGCGGGCUGGGGUGCGGACGCUUGCGGAGCACCGAGCGGCUGCUGGACCUGCGCUCGCCCGGCGGCAAACUUCUGCAGCUUUGUGCUCCUCAGACUGUGCACCUGUCCUCUUCAGAAUGAAGGUCUUCCUGCCUGUGCUAUUAGCUGCCCUCCUGAGUGUGGAGCCAGCCCGUGCUCUGGUGUGUUUUUCCUGUGAGAAUCAACAGAGUAAUUUCUAUUGCCUGAAGCCCACGAUAUGCUCAGACUCUGACAAUUACUGUGUGACUGUCUCUGCCUCUGCCGGCAUUGGGAAAGUGGUGGACUUUGGCCGGACCCUCAACAAGGGCUGCUCCCCGAUCUGCCCUGGCCCAAGUGUGGACAUUGGUGUGAUGGCCGUAGGUACCCACUGCUGCCAGAGCUUCUUGUGUAACUUCAGUGCAGCUGACGGUGGACUGCGGGUCAGUGCCACCGUGCUGGGCCUCGGGCUCCUGCUCAGCCUAAUCUCAGCUCUGCUGCGCCCCUGAAUGUGUUGGCUCUUCGCCGGCCCAGAAGCCUGCAGCUCAGGAAGGAAGCCUGGCCUCUCUAGACAUCUCACCCUGCCUAAUCUUCCUGUUUUUCUCCCCUACCCUUAGCCUGUGGUCCCUACCAUUAGAUCUUCCUGCCCACCCCUUGCAGAGCCCCAGAUGUGCCAGCAGCUUUUACUUCUGGGUCAGUGAUGAAACCUUCCAACCCAGGAAGGUUUGAUAGUCUUGUGUCCAUCCAUCCCUUUCCCUUCCCUCCAGGCUGAGGUCCCAGAAUUGGAACUGAGUCCCAGAGAUUCACAUAGAGGGCCGCAUAACUAAGCCCCUGAUCCUGGACCCUGUUCAUGUCCAGUCUGUUCUUCCCACUGACCCCCCCCCCACACAAGUGAUGGAAGAUGGCAGAUUAUGUUGCUGGGGCUUGAAAGGGCUAGCAAGUUAUAUAGCUUCAGGUGACUAGGUCACACUGAACUGUGUGGACUGGUAUGUGUGCACCCCUGCUGGACACUUCAGUGUGAGUGGGUGACCAUGCCAGGCACCAUAUUUGGGGGUGGGUGGCAGUUGGAGGGUAAUUAAUAGGAGUCUUAACACUAGCAUCCCUUAGAGCCCUGAGCUCCAACACCAAAGCUCCUUUUCCUUGGCAUGUCCAUACCCCACUUUGAUUCACUCACUGCGAGGACAGCCUUUGGGAAGACAGGUUCCAUUGUUUUCGGGUCUAGACUGCUGAGCCCAGGAACUGGUUCCCACCCCACGUCCGGUCUUCAGUUUCUUCCCCCACCCCCUCUGUUCCUACACUGAAAGCCUCCUACUGCUUUGGUGCCUCAAAUAAACAGAUGUUCCCAUUUCCCUUCCUA